AAGGAUCAGCCAACCAAACUAAGGGGGGAGUAACUAAAGCAAGAGAGUAGUUGUGUGUCUGUGCAAAUAGACACAAGAGGAAAAGUUAUCCUUUUUUUAAAAACCGUGCACAUUGUUUAUACUUUUCUUCUGUGUUUAUUUGUACAGACACAACAGACACAAAUUGGUCACCAUGGUUUUGUUGAGAUUGUCAAUCAUAUUAUGUGUGAUGUUAUAUGGUCCUUCUCUUUCAGGAGCUGCUUCUCCUAAGAACAUAUUCAUCCUCGCAGGUCAAAGUAACAUGGCUGGUCGAGGUGGAGUUGAGAACAAUGCUCAAGGAAAUCUCCAGUGGGAUGGGUUAGUCCCACCAGAAUGUCAACCUCAACCAUCCAUCCUACGAUUGAACCCUGGUCUCCAAUGGGAGAUAGCACGAGAGCCACUCCAUUUGGGAAUUGACAUCAAUAGGACCCCUGGAAUUGGUCCCGGUAUCGCAUUUGCUCAUGAAUUGCUAGUCAAAGCUGGACCAAAUGCUGGCGCUGUGGGUUUAGUUCCAUGUGCUAGAGGUGGCACUUUAAUUGAACAAUGGAUUAAAAAUCCUAGCAAUCCUAGUGCAACCUUUUACCAAAACUUCAUUGAACGAAUCAAAGCAUCAGAUAAAGAUGGUGGGGUUGUGCGUGCUCUUUUCUGGUUCCAAGGAGAAAGUGAUGCAGCUAUGAAUGACACUGCCAUUAGAUACAAAGACAACCUAAAGAAAUUCUUCACUGACAUUCGCGAUGACAUAAAACCUAGAUUUUUGCCCAUCAUUGUUGUUAAAAUAGCUCUCUACGACUUUUUUAGGCAGCACGAUACUCAUAACCUCCCAGCAGUGAGGGAAGCACAAGAAGCAGUCAGCAAGGAGCUGCCUGACGUAGUGGCCAUCGAUUCGUUGAAAUUACCUAUAAACUAUACAACAAAUGAAGGCAUCAACCUAGAUCAUGGUCAUUUUAACACCACAACCGAAAUUACUUUGGGUAAAUGGUUGGCUGAAACCUACCUCUCCCACUUUGGUCAAUUACUUUAAUUUGUAUUAUUUAUCAACUUUGUUUUAUUAUAUAU